AUGUGCACCGUGCACGCGCCCAUUGCGCGCGUCCGGGGUCUGCGCGCGCCCGGGGUCUGCGCGCGCCCGGGGUCUGCGCGCGCCCGGGGUCUGCGCGCGCCCGGGGUCUGCGCGCGCGCGCGUACUCCCGGGCGCGCUGCCGGAGUGGCGCGCGACGGGCUGGAGGGCGCUCCCGGUGCCGGAGCGGCGCAGUGCAAGGAGGAGGCAGAGCCCGGACCGACCCGGGUGAAGAUGGCGGGGCUGCUGGCAGCCUCUCCCCGGCGUUCAGAUGUCCAACCAUCAAAGAGAGAUGAUCGACAGAGAUUGGCCAAGGAAAGGCGAGACGAGCGAGACAGAUCUCUCGCCGUGAAGGAGCUGCAAAUCCUGCAAAAGGAGAGAAAGGCGCGGCUGCUGUACGAGAAGCAGAUCGAGGAACGGUGGAGGAAGCUGGAGGAGCAGCGUCAGCGUGAAGAGCUGCGCAGGGCGGCCGUGGAGGAGAAACGGAGGCAGAGGUUCGAAGAAGAGAAGGAGCGUCACGAAGCCAUGAUGCGUCGCACUUUAGAACGUAACCAGCAGUUAGAACAGCGACAGAAGAGGUGGUCGUGGGGAGGAACAGCAUCCACGGGGACUGGAACCGGAGAUUGUGAAUCAGAAAAUACCCCACCCCCUCCUAUAGAUCUAGCAGCCAACACCUAUUCUCCAGAGCCUGUGGUCAUUGAUGCUGCUGCUGCUAAUGCUGCGGCUGACAGGCUCUCAGCUUCUGUUGCGGACCUUCCCAAACAAAUGGAGUCACCGGUCCACAAGCUGUCGCCCUCCUCUGCUGCAGCAUCCCCAGGCCCCCCUGAAAGAGACUUAGGUAGUCCCCUCAAGAGUCCUUCCAAACCUACAAGUCCAAGUGGAGACAGACAGAGUGCAGCAACCGCUUCUACCUUGCCAGGAGAAACCAAAGGGAGUCCAGUGACGGAAACUCAGCAGGGAGUCUGGAGCAGGCCUCAAAGGAACAAAGUGCCUGGGGCAAGCCGAAAGAAGCAGGGAAGGCCUGGAGAUGGCGGGAGAGCUGAGAUGGUAUUACUGGAUUCCCAAAGCUCUGGCAUGACUGAGAAAGUGAAGAAGGAAAAGAAGCACUCAUCCAGUACAGGGUCCAGUGCCACAUCCACCUUCAGAAGAUCCCAGUCUCCAGCAAACAUGUCUAAAAGGUCAUCAUCACCUGCGGUGAAGGCCAGUUCAAAGACUCGAACACAGUCUCCCAGCUCUUCCAAAGAGUUUCCGCCAUCUCCAACUUCCAGUGGAAAGUCUUCUCCCAUGAGGCGGAGGCCAUCUUCGAACAACAUUGCAGAGAGUGCGAAAAAGGGCAGAGAGAAGGGAGAGGUGGCACGACAGAAAUCCGAGGAGGCAGAACAAGCUGAGAGUGAACCUCCAUCUGUGACAACUCCAGUCAAAGAACACGACAGGAAGAAGGCAGCUGUGAGUGAAGAUACAUCCAGCAACAAGACCAUGGCAGGAACAUCAAGUCCAGAGGAAGCAGCUAAGCUUCUAGCAGAAAGGCGAAGACUUGCACGUCUGCAGAAGGAGAUAGAGGAGCAGGAGCGGCGAGAACAGGAGGAAGCUGAGAGGAAAAUGAAGGAAGAGCUGGAAAGAAAAGAGGCUGAAGAGAAGGCACGCCGUGAAGAAGAGGCACGCAGGCUUGAGGAAGAGCAGAAACAGCAGGAGCUGGAACGUCAGAAGAGAGCAGAGGAAGAAAGAAUCUUAAAGGAACAGCAGGAGAAAGAACUCCUGGCAAGACUGGAACAGCAGCGGGAAGAAGCUGAAACCAAGGCUCGAGAGGAAGCUGAAUGGCAGCGUCAAAUAAGAGAACAGGCCUUUCAGCAGGUCGAACAGGAGAGGCUGGAGAGAAAGAAGAGAAUAGAAGAGAUUAUGAAGAGAACCAGACGAAGUGAUGUUGGAGAGAUCAAGAAAGAAGAAAUUAAAGUGGAGAUUGAACCAGCCACAAACGGGGUAAAGAAGGAUCAAAUCUUAAGCGCUAUGGAACCAGUGGAUAUCGACACAGCUCUGAUCUGUUUGGAGGGCAAGAAGGAUGAGGCAGCUCAUUCUGCUGUCAUCCCAGCUGAGGCUGUACCUGUCCUGGAAGUGGUGGCAGCACCUGAGCAAGUGGAUGAGCAACCUAACAGUGUGGAUGAUUCGACAGAUGAGUUGCAGUCAAUGGACGUAAGCCCUAUGUCAAAGGAUGAAGGUAUAUCGAUCCCUGAGUUCUCUCCACUAAAUGAAAUGAGCCACGAUGUGGAACUUGAGAAGGACCAGACUGGGCUGAGUGAUGCACAGGCUGUUGAAGAUCUCAUUGACCUGACAGGACAUUCAACUUACAAUAAGUUAUCCCAGGAUAAGAUCAGCAUGGAUGACUGUAACAAAAACUUGAUUGAGGGGCAGUGCAUUUCCAUGGAGAAUCCUCUUCUCACAUUGCUGACUAAAUCUGCUGAGGAAACUCAUAUACAGACAUCAGCAGAGCUUUGAACACAUGGGCCACUGAGUUGAUUAGUCCAGCACGACUGUGUCUUUGUGAAGAUUAAUGUAGCCUUUGUUAACCAACAGCAGUCCUUCACGCAGCAGUUCAAAUUAUCUGUAUUAAAUGUGUUUUUUAUUUUAAGAAAAUGUACAAACAUUGACUCUGGCCAGAAUGGUCAGUUUGAACAAAACACUUGAGUGCUAUUUAUCCUGCAAUUAAAAUGUAUUAAUAAUAAAAACUCGCUCAUAAUUAUGGUAAAACUCAUUUUUCUCAGGCCUUCCUAUUAUUUAAACUAAAUGCUGCUCACAUUUUCAGAUAGUUGUGAAUAUUAUUGUAAUUUACUAAGCUUCUGCAUACUUCUCUUAAUAUUCAAGCCUAUUUACUGAAUUGCCUCAGGAGAAAGUGUAUUUAAUUGUCGUGUGAAUGAUGCUUGUUGUAAUGCAAAGUAUAGAUUAAGGGAUAUUGUAAUGUGUACUUAGAAAACUCAGGAAUUCUUCAGUGGCAACUGAAUGUUAAUUUUUAAAUGUUAUAUUAUGAUUCACUAAACAUUUUGCCACAUAUCUAAUGAAUUUUAUAAAUGAAUAUUCUGCAUUUCUUAAUUUUUUAUGCUAAAAAUAAUGUGCAGUUCUUCUGUUAAGUUGAUAGUUAACUAUUAUUCAAAUACAGCAUUAACACCCAUAAUAAAGUGAAUAUAGUUAAUACAUAGAAUAAAUAUAUCACAAUUGACUCAGAAAAGUAAUUAACAGAGUGAUUUAUCUUUAAAUGUACAUCGUCAUGUUCUCAAUUUGCACGGAUUUUCACUUGUACUUCAAAGGAAGGAAGCAAAAUCUGGUUGAAAAUCUGUAGUUGAAAUUCUUUACAUAUUUUGGCAGAGAAACACCAAGCAUGUCAUAGACAGCUAUUCGGGAUUUUCACUUGCAGACAGCAUCUUCCCCCCGUGUUUUCACCAAUAAAGUGACUCUCACUUUGAAAUUGUGCAAUUAUACAAUCAAAUAUAUACUGCAGAUUUAAAAGGAUGUUUUUAAAAUUCUUCUUCAAAAUGUAAUGCCUAAAAGUAAUAUAUGUGGUCAUUGGGGAGAACCACUCCUUAAAUAUUUCCAUCAGUACAGGUACCCAAUAAAGGGCAAAGGAAAUGAAAAUAUCAGUUAAAAGUGCAGCAGUCGUCGUUUCUUUCUUGAAUAGAUCUUGUUGACUAGAUAAUUACUACUGAUUAACAAAUAGCAAGGUUAUUAAGUGUUUAAAGAUCCAGAUAGGAUUGGAAAACUUUCAGGCUUGUCCUCAAGGAAUUGAAUAUUAAUAUCCUGAGCACCACUGCAAGUGGACAUUGAGAAACGUCAAAUGCAAAUUAAAACUACUGAAAUCAUAUUUUCAUUUCCUUGGAACUUUUUUUCCAAUCAUUAGUUGCCAAGGGGGUAAGAAAAAGAAUUGUUUGACUGAGCAGGAUAAUUAGAAGUCGUCAUAUUAUGUCAUUUCCAGAAGUGCCUGUGACCAGACUUUUCCACCCUAGAUCCAAAACAUCCAGCAGAACAUAUUGAUUGGCUUCAAUCUGUCCAGUACCACCAUGAUUCCCAAUGUUUCUUUGCAAAGAUCACAUAGCAUUUGUUAACCAAUCAUUAGCUUGAACUCAGGCAAGUAUCUGAUCUCAGGCAAGUUGUGGCUGAGUGCAGGGUUCGUGCCAGUUUCAAUUAAUUAUUUCCUUAAUCUUGUUGUUUUGCUGCAAGAACUACCUGAUGAUAAAUGUGAAUGAUUGGUUACAGAUGAAAAAAACGACGAUAGACAAUCUGAAAUAGUUUGUGAUUUCAAACAAAAUGGUUCCAAAACAUAAAGUUGACAGCUAUGCUGAUAGUUACGGUAACUGCAUAUUUCAGGGUAAUGUCCUGGAUUGUGACACUGGGCAUAACCACUGUGUAUCUAUUAUUUGUUGCUGUGGGAACCAAGCUUGGUCAACUGCGUCAAGUAGCACAUUUCCAUUUGGAAAGAUUGUGUUACACAGAAUCAAAUAGUGAUGGGUUAUUUAUCUCUGCAAAGUCCAUGGUUGCUUGUUGCCAAGAAAAGCAGUAUUUCUUUAAGUAAACCUAAAUAUAUAUGUGGUAAAUUGAACUGCUGGCUUAAACAUUUACAAAUCAGUUUAUCAGCUUUUGUUGGAUAGUAGAAUGAAUUUCCCAGUGCUUAUUAAUUGCAGAACUACUGUUAUUAUGUGUGAUUGUACACACAUGUAUGGCCAAAUUGUUUCAUUGCACUAAUGGAUCCAUUCUGCCAGUGGAUGGUCUACACAAUGGUUUGCAUGCCACAGCAGUCUGUACAAAUUAUCUCAUUUGAGAAAGCUACAAUAUAUACCACAUCCAGUGAACAAUUUAUGCAUCUGUAAUAACUCACUGAUAAAUAGUUGUUGUUGGCCAAUGUACAAUCAUUGUUGUGUAGUUGCUGAUGUGCUAAAUCUCAUAAUGUGGAGCAUGUAUGUGUAAAGCAUCAAUAAAUUUGUAUUGUAAUUGCUGCUAUGUUGUGAAACAUCUGUUCACAAGUAAUUUAGACAAACGGUAAACUUUGAUGCAAUGAACAAAACAAAAAUAAUAUUCUUUGGACGAAAGGAGGAGGUGAGCUCAUGGUCAAACGUCUGACAACUGAUGUUAUGAGUAAUAGAAAUAAUUAAAUUCUUAAGUUUUUUAAUCAAA